AUGAAUAAGCCUUCGACCUAUGCUAGCCCUGUGUCUCGUUACAAGUUCGGCGCGUUUGGCGCUAAACGCGGAAGCAAAAUCUUCAAGGAUAACAUCAGAAGUAUUGGUAAGCCAGACAUACGUCGAUUAGCUCGUCGUGGUGGCGUGAAGCGAAUUAGUUACGAUGUCUACAAUGAAGCUCGCGCCGCGAUGAUGUUAUUUCUAGAGAAUAUCAUUCGCAGCGCAGUCAUGUAUUGCGAUCAUGCAAACCGCCGGACAAUCACGUCGCUAGAUAUCGUUCAUGCGUUGAAAUUGCACAAGAGGGUAUUAUAUGGGUACGGCCACUAA